CUGCUAAUUGCCUGGAGCCAGAAAUCAAAGCUCACUGAAACUGGGGAAGCAGCUUGCUCGCAGCCAGUGGCAUCAGGCGACGCUUUCGUCCUCUCUCCCCGUCUGAUUUUUCCCCCCUCCCUGGGAGUUUGCUGUGAGCCGAGCUGGGUUUUCACGCAUAGAAACCUCGUCAGUCUCCCUGCUCCCAGCCGCAGGGUCCUGUCUCCCCGGCUGCGAUCAGGUGUCUGUUGCGCCUUUUCAAGUUCUUUCCCGAAAAGCCACAGGGAGAUGGCUGGAGAGCAGCCCGCCCUUCCUCCCCAGAAGUGCAACGUGCUUUGAAUGAGGCUUCUCAGUUUGCAGCCUGCUCCGCUCGCGCGCUCUGUGGCACUCCUGGAAUGCGACCUCGGAGACGCCUGCCCAUCCCGGGGAGGCACUGACAGCUGGCGAUCUACCCAGCCCCCCCGGCUGCCCAUGCACACACCCCCGGACCCCAUUUAAUACCGAUCCUCCCCGGCGCCAUUAGCUGGGGUUCGGCAUAUCUGGGUGGCUUGCAGCCUUGUCUGGUGCAACAUUCCCGGGGCCUGUUCUUGGUUUUUUGUUUUUUAAUCCCCCCGUUUCCCCCCCCCCCCGCCCAAUGCUGUGGAAGCAAGGGAGAGGAAUAAAUAUGCUGUCUCCCUCCUCGCUCUGCCCUCCACGCCAGCUCCACUGAUGUGCUACGGAGAAGAGCAGAGCUCACCUGUGUGUAGCAUGCUGUAAACCCCCCCCCCCCCAACACACACACACACAAGCGUCUCUCCCACUCCCACUCCUCGGAUUGACUUGAUGGCUUCACUAUACCAGCGAUUCGGUGGGAAGAUCAACACCUCCCGAUCUUUCCCCGCGCCACCCGAGGCGAGUCACCUUCUGGGGGCUCAGUGCACCGAGGAGACCAGCGCUGCCGGCCAGACCGCCCGCCCGUUCCAGCAGGAGAGCCGAGCCCGCUUCCCGUACCAGCCCCGGAGUGACGCCGAGGAGGAAGAUGAGCUGGUGGGGAGUAAUCCUCCACAAAGAAACUGGAAAGGAAUUGCAAUUGCUUUACUUGUUAUUCUGGUUAUCUGCUCUCUGAUUGUCACCUCUGUUAUACUCCUGACACCAGUUGAAGAUAACAGCUUAUCUCAAAAGAAGAAGAUAACAGUGGAAGAUCUAUUCAGUGCUGAUUUCAAAAUUCAUGACCCAGAGGCUAAGUGGAUAAGUGAUAAAGAAUUAAUUUACAGAAACCAGAAUGGCUCUGUGAUCCUGCGGAAUGUUGAAACAAACAAUUCAAUGGUAUUAAUAGAAAACAAAAAAAUCGUCUCCUUAAAGGCCAUUCGUUAUGAAGUGUCACCUGAUCGGGAGUAUGCGCUUUACGCAUUUGACGUUGAACCCGUGUAUCAGCAUUCGUAUACGGCAUAUUAUGUCCUCAGCAAAAUACCUUUUGGGGAUCCCCAGAGUUUGUAUCCGCCCGAAGUUAGUAACGCAAAGCUUCAGUACGCUGGAUGGGGUCCAAAGGGGCAACAAUUGAUAUUUAUCUUUGAGAAUAACAUCUAUUACUGUGCUCAUGUGGGGAAACAAGCCAUCCGAGUGGUCUCCACUGGAAAGGAAGGUGUUAUUUUCAAUGGCCUCAACGACUGGCUGUAUGAAGAGGAGAUCUUGAAGACUCAUAUAGCACAUUGGUGGUCUCCUGAUGGAACCAGGUUAGCAUAUGCAACAAUAAAUGACUCCAGAGUCCCUACUAUGGAAAUUCCAGUCUACACUGGCAGCCUUUACCCUACUGUUAAAACAUACCAUUAUCCAAAGGUUGGAAUGGAAAAUCCAAGCAUUUCUUUACACGUCAUUGGUUUGAAUGGCCCUACCCAUGAUCUGGAAAUGACUCCCCCUGAUGAUCAAAGAAUGAGGGACUAUUACAUAACCAUGGUGAAAUGGGCAACGAGCACCAAAGUGGCAGUAAAUUGGCUGAACAGGGCACAGAACGUUUCUAUCCUGACGCUGUGUGAUGCUACCACUGGAGUCUGCACAAAGAAACAUGAAGAUGAAAGUGAAGCCUGGCUACACAGACAGAAUGAAGAACCAAUAUUUUCCAAAGACGGACGGAAGUUUUUCUUCAUCCGAGCCAUUCCUCAGGGGGGGCGAGGAAAGUUCUACCAUAUUGCCAUGUCAUCGUCACAGCCCAAUAGCAGCAGUGAUAACUUACAGUCCAUUACAUCUGGUGAUUGGGAUGUGACAAAGAUUUUGGCAUAUGAUGAAAAGAGACAUAAAAUUUACUUCCUCAGCACAGAAGAUUUACCAAGACGGCGACACUUAUAUAGUGCAAGCACAAAUGGAAACUUCAACAGGCAGUGUCUGUCCUGUGAUUUGAUUGAAAACUGUACUUAUUUCAGUGCAUCAUUCAGUCACAACAUGGAGUACUUCUUACUGACCUGUGAAGGGCCAAGAGUUCCAAUUGUGACUGUUCACAACACGACAGAUAAACAAAAAAUCUUUGAGCUAGAGGUAAAUGAAAAUGUGCAGCUGACUGUCAAUGAUAGGCAAAUGCCUAAAGUGGAGUACAUGGAAAUCAAGAUAGAUGAUUACAAAUUGCCAAUGCAAAUCUUAAAGCCAGCAACUUUUGCGGACACCAUACACUAUCCUUUGCUACUGGUUGUUGACGGAACACCUGGUAGCCAGAGUGUAACAGAAAAGUUUGAAGUGAAUUGGGAAAGCGUGCUGGUCAGCUCACACAAUGCAAUUGUGAUGAAGUUUGAUGGCCGGGGCAGUGGAUUCCAAGGCACUAAGCUGUUACAUGAAGUUAAAAGAAGAUUGGCCCUUUUGGAGGAGAAGGAUCAGUUGGAAGCUGUCCGGAUAAUGUUGAAAGAACAUUAUAUUGAUAAAAUGCGAGUUGCUGUAUUUGGGAAGGAUUACGGGGGCUACCUGAGCGCUUUUAUUCUCCCAGCUGGUGAAGAGAAUCAAGUAUUCACGUGCGGAGCUGCUCUUUCUCCGUUGACAGACUUGAAAUUAUACGCGUCUGCCUUUUCUGAAAGGUAUUUGGGACUACAUGGCAUUGAUAACAGAGCAUAUGAGAUCACCAAAUUAGCACACAGAGUCUCAUUACUGAAAGAUCAAAAGUUUUUGAUCAUUCAUGCCACAUCUGAUGAAAAAAUCCAUUUCCAGCAUACUGCAGACCUUAUUACACACCUAAUUAGGGCAAAGGCUAAUUACAGCUUGCAGAUAUACCCCGAUGAAAGCCAUUACUUUAACAGUGCGACGCUUGAGCAACACUUGUACAAGUCCCUUGUCAAUUUCUUUGUGGACUGUUUCAAAGUUCAGGACAAACUCCCAAUAGUCACACUGAAAGAGGACGAGGAGGAGGAUUAACCCUUUUGGUUCGUGCGAAGCACAAGGCCGUUCUUUAUACCAAUAUGCAACUGAAUCAUUUUCCUAGAGAAAGAAAUGUUAUGUUGUUAGCAUGUAUUUAAACAAAACUGAAAGCAGCUCACCUGCUUUACGGACAGCAACUCCUUCCUGAAUGGAAGAACAUUAAGCAUGAUGAACUCAGCAGAAACUGCUGUCUGACAUGAAUCUGUCACAGGCGUCACUGUCUUAUUUGCCACAAAAUGACUUCUGGAGUAAAAGGAUCUCAAGAAAUUGGACUUGAAGGACCACCCCAAGAAACUACCUUGAGGACUAGAAGGUUAAAUGGCUCUUUUGCAUUCAAGAAAUGAAGCAGUAGUAAUGAAAUACAUCAUCUCUAUUAGGGUUACCAUAGUUAGCAUCCUGUUGUGUCAGAUAAAACUUAAUAAAUGGAAAAGAUUAUAGCACAAUUAUUUUAAAGGUACUGAUUCAUACAUAUUUGCCUGCUCUCCCCCAUGUUUAGAAGACUCAUCACUGCAAUGGGACAUAUAGAUUCUAAUUAUACAAAGUAUCACUGUAGUUACACUGGUGUUUAAUUAGCCUCAUGUAAUUAAUUACUAUUUGAUAUGGUUUUUACCUGUUCCUCUUUACAUUUCAUCUCAUGCUCACCUUAUCAGCUUCACAACUUGUCAUGGAUGUGGAAGAAAACAUGCAUUGAACUAACUAGACCAGUUGCUGGGUCAUGACCCUAGAUGCGGUCAGAAAAGGCAAUCGGGGAAAGGGGGGGCGGGCACAAGAUGUUAAUUUUUUAUUACAGUGUAAAGCAAAGAAAAUCUUGUUCCCUCCCUCCCUGCAUGUGCUUAUCCUUCAAUUAUUCUCUGUUAACCUCUCCAAGCACACACACAAAUGAAUUAUUUGGGGGCAGUUCAAUGGCUUGUGUUACACAGGAGGUCAGACUCGAUGAUCACAGUGGUCCCUUCUGCUCUUGGGAUCUAUGAAUUUAGGCUUAGCUUUGAUAUAAUUUUUACUCUUCAAAGGAAAUGUAAGGGGGUUGCAAACAUUUGUUACUUUUCAUAAGUGGUCAGAAAAGAUUGUGAACUGCUGAUCUACACUCUGGUAGAGGGAGUUUGCACCAGAUACUUUGCUGAUCGUCUUGUGAAGCAUUAAAAAAGAAAAUCAAUGUGGAUAGAUUUAUUUCACAUGCUGUCUGCAGCUUACUUUUGAUUUUGGAUUCCAAGGCAAUGAUUAUCACAUUCUGCUUUUAGUGAUGUCUUCUGUUUGCAGGAGGUUUGUAAAAUCAGAGCAUCUAAAAUCAUACUGGUCUUUGCUGUGCUGGAAAAUAAUGUUUAAAACCCCAUGUGAAAAUUUUUCAGAUCUCAAAAAUCAUUUCUUCACGUCCAGUUACCAUAUCAUAAAGAUUUUGGCUAGUGUUGCUCCUUGUAAGAUAUUCUGACCAAAUGUACAGCCAGUAUUAAUAUUGUAUAUUUCAUUUUGUUGUAUAUAAAGGAAUGUAAGUCAGUUAUUUGUCAGGUCUCCAAUCCAAUAUUAGUCUUGUGUUGAGCAUGCAUGCUAUAACCUUCCUUUGCUGAUCAGGACUCUUUAGACGUACUAGCUUGGAAAUAUAUCAAUUAAUGUAAUUUCUUUUCUUGUUUUGACAACUUGAAUGUCCGCGCAGGUUUCUACAUUUUUACACAGUACUGUGGGUAAACUCACAUCCUGACAGCAAUGAUGAUGUAUCCAUUGUGUUCCUUAAAGUGUCAAGUUUUUUUUUAUUUCGAUCUCUAAGCUUUGACUGCUGGUUGUAAUUAGAUCAUCCUGGACACAAUGUUGGUAAAUCACAGAAACAAUGUAGUUUGGUUUGGGGGAUUUUCUUUAAUUUACAAUGCAUUGACAUUUUACGAACAGGAACUACAGUAUAAAGCUGCUUUAUUUGGCAGGAUGCCAAAUAGACAAUACGAAUGCUGUGUGUCCAGGUUUUACUACACUAAAUGGGCUCAAAAGUCUGAAAUGAACUGGAUUGGAAAAACAUCAAAUCUGCUCUGUCCGCAAACUUUUGUAGGAGGACAUUUAGGAUGUGGCAUGGUCGUGUUUGUUCAUCCAUGAAAUAAAACAUUAUUUUACCA